GGGGGCGGAUUUGAAGUCACCCAUGCGCGAUCGCCCGAGGCCCCUCCUGCCUUCCGGAGGAGACAUAAAAUACCCUCGCCGAGGCGCGCAGCCCCACAUUGAGAAAACUGAGCCAUUGGUGAGGAAAAGCGGCCAAUACCGAUCCAGGAGAGGCAGAACAAGCGAGAGUCUCACACAACACAAAAGAUGCAGGGGACCAUGCGGUUGUGGCUUUCCAUGAUGACACUUGCCCUGUGCUUGCUGAUCUGUCUGGGAACAUUGGCAGAAGCUUAUCCCUCUAAACCAGACAGCCCUGGUGAGGAUGCACCUGCGGAAGAUAUGGCCAGGUACUACUCAGCAUUGAGGCAUUACAUUAACCUCAUAACACGGCAAAGAUAUGGGAAACGAUCCAGCCCAGAGACACUGAUCACCGAUUUUUUGUUGAGAGAAAGCACAGAAAACAUUCCUAGAUCUAGGUAUGAAGAUCCUGCAAUGUGGUGAUGGGUGUCACAUCUCAUACUUCUUUCCUGGUUUCCAUUCCACAUGCCAUUGGUAGAAGAUCAGUUGGAAGUCCACCCACCAGUGCAUGCAGUCAUUGUCCUGAAUUCUGUAGGUUUUUUCUCCCUAUUUGGUCCAGGGGCUCACUUUUAAGAAUUGAUUCCUAUAACAUUAUUUAUUUCAUAACUCUUGCUGCCUAUGA